AUGGUGAGCAGCACCGCUCUCUCUGUCUUGGCCGCGCUCCUGCUCCUCGCGGCUGCCGGGGCGCCGGCGUCCACGGCGGAGAAGGAAACCCGGCUGCGGGUCUACUGGCACGACGUCGUGAGCGGCGGGCCGAACGCAAGGGUGGUGCAGGUGGCGGAGGCGCCGUCCUCCAACGCCUCCGCCACGGGCUUCGGCACCGUGCUCGUCAUCGACGACCCGCUCACCGAGGGGCCCAACCUGACGUCGAGGCUCCUCGGUCGCGCGCAGGGCGUCUACAUUAGCGCCGGCAAGGACAGCCUGUCGCUGUUCGUGGCCAUGAACUUCGUCUUCGUCGACGGCGCCUACAAUGGGAGCAGCAUCGCCAUCAUCGGACCCAAUCAGGCAGACCGGGCCGUCAGAGAGAUGCCCGUCGUUGGCGGCACCGGCGUCUUUCGGUUUGCGCGCGGCUACUGCCAGUUGCGGACCCACUGGUUCGACGGCAAGACCGGCGACGCCACCGUCGAGUACAGGAUCCAUCUCCGCCACGACUGA